UGACGUAGGCGGAUGCUCCCGCCUGCUCGCCGGCUCCUGUCUCGCUAAAAUGGCAGAGGUCGGUCAGAGGCUGGGGAGCGGAGCUUACCGGCUGUCCGCUUUCAGAAACAACCAGAGUCGACCGGUAUGCACCGGAGAAAGUCCCGGAUCUCUGCUAGGUAACUGCUCCUUCAGUGACAAUCGGCUAAAAGACAAAUUAAGCCGGGAUCAUCAACGUGAAGUUCAGCCAGUGUCAAAAAGAAGAGCAACACAACGUAAAUCAGAGAAAGUUUCCAGAGUGAGAACAAGUGAAAGUCAACAGGAAAAUGGGACUUUGCUUUGUGCCCCAUCUUUGAAGCUGGAUUCAUCCCGUUUUUUUUCCCGAGAGAGCCUGCAAGCUCACACAACAGCCCUGUACCUCUCAGCAAGGCCGCAGCCUCUCCUCCAGGAGAAGCUGCGGCCUGGCAAAAUGACAUGCUGGACUAGAGGAGCUGUCUCCAUCCAUCCUGACACCUUCAGGUCCCGCCAUCAGCUGCGAGCACUCUGCACUGUCAUCUUCAUUCUGGCAGAGCAGAGGUCGGAGAAGCUGUGGCGUCUCCAGCUACAUCCUGACACCCUGCAAGCCUCUACUAGAAGUUACAGCUGGAGGAGGGAGAGCAGCUCAGAAGAUACUCGUCUGCUGUACAGAAGUAGGACGUCCUACUACGACAUCCUCAGAGUGUCCCCCAGUGCCACACAGUCCCAGAUCAAGACAGCCUACUACAAGCAGUCCUUCAUCCAUCACCCCGACAAGAACCAGGGCAACAAGGAGGCCGCCCAGCGCUUCUCUGAUAUCAGUGAGGCCUACUCAGUGCUGGGCAACAUCAGCCUGAGGAGGAGGUACGACAGCGGUAUCAUGAGUUUCUCGGACGUUCAAAGUGCAGGGAGACCGUCCUCCAAAGAGACUACGAGCAGAUUUAAAGGCUCCCCGCAGCAUCAUCAAUAUAGAGCUAGGCGAUUCUCCCAAGCUGGCGGGAAGACCAUGUUUGAUUUUGACGCCUUUUAUCAGGCUCACUACGGGGAGCAGCUGCAGAGGGAGCGGGAAAUGAGAGCCAGGAAGCAGCACAUGGAGGAGCAGCAGAAGGAGAAACUUCGCAAGUGGAGGCAUGGGAAAAUGUUGGAAAUGACUGUGGCGAUGCUGCUGACCAUGGCAGGCUUACUUUUUGUCAAUCUCAGCAGGCCCUGAAAUAGAAGCAGCAAGCCGGCGUGGCCCUGUGGGGGUGCAUGGCACGACUCUCAGGGGGCUGGAGAUGGAGGGUGGGGGGGGUGCUACCUCAGACUGUUUUACAAGUGUAACACACUUUCUGACAGUUGAAGAUGAUUACUUUUAGUGUGUUGCAGGAGUAAACCAAAGCCAGAUCACUAUGUAUCAUUUGUUAAUGGUCCAUAGAUACUGUAGGCUUGUUAUUUAUAACCGAGGUCCCCAUUAAAAGCUGAUUGUAUCAAGAUCACAACUGAACAUAUUGAUUUUCUUUAUAGCUAGGAUCUAAUACGCAUAAACAAACAUUAGACAUAGACACACACUUGCAUAGAAAGGCACGUCAGGAAAAAUCUGGAAAUCUACUAACAACAUAGCAUGAGCAUGUAGCUCAUUAAAGAAUCUCAAAAGCACCCAUGUAUGGGUGAUAAUAAGAUAAAUUUCAAACUUUAUGGCUUUCUUACAUUUGAGUCAUUAAAAAAGUUGAUUUCAGAGUUACAUUAUUACAAUCAUGUAAAAUGUUCAUGAUCCUCAUCCCAAGAAGUGUCAUUGCAGGUAUGGUCUUCACAACAAUCGUUCAAAAAGCUGUGAAGUUUCUGUGUACACAUGUAUUUAUCUACUUCUUAUUAGAAGUGACAAGUCGAAAGCCAAACAACUUUUUUGGCAGCUCAAAUUCAAUUGUGCUCAUUCAAAUACUGCCCAAGGGUGGACAAAUGAAAUGUGACAUGCUAAACACUGGAUCUGUAAUGUAAAGAAUUGUGUGCAUUUUAAGAUUGUUAGAAAAAUGAAAACACAUUCAUUUGUACACCUUCUCCGGGUGUUUUUCCAGUGUGUAUGUGUGUUAUCUACUGUAUAUAGACGAUGCCACAUGUGUUAAAUAGUUUAUUUUGUGUAAGGGAAACUCAAAUAAGCAACUUUGAUAAAA